GGGAGAGGGUGCUGUUUGGCCGCGGUUGGUGCCCUUUUCAGCGUUUUCGGAUAAUUUUGCCGAAGAUGGAGACGGAGAAGGUGUUAUAUAAACAACUGCCUGAGCCAACAGCAAAACUCUUGAGCCUUCAGCCGCAAGGAUCCAAGAAGGCCGAGGCCUUUGUAAAGGCCUUUCUGAAGCGCACCAUGCCCCAAAAGAGUGAGGAGGACAUUGAGAAACACUUAAACCGGAAAGCAGUUGUCCUUGAGCACCCCCACCGGAGGAGGACCCGGCAGAGGAACAAGAAGAGGAAAGGGUUAUCCGCCAAGCAGAGACGAGAAAUGCGCCUCUUUGAAAUUACUCCAGAACAGCAGAGAUACGAGAUAUUCGUACCAUUGCAUGAGCUUUGGAAACAGUACAUUAGAGAUCUCUGCAAUGGAUUGAAACCCGAUGCGCAACCACAGAUGAUUCAAACCAAAUUGCUUAAAGCAGAUUUCCACGGAGCCCUUGUGACAGUGACGAAAUCCAAAUGUCCUUCCUAUGUUGGUAUCACGGGCAUCAUCCUACAGGAAAUGAAACACGUUUUCAAAAUUAUCACAAAAGAAGACAAGCUGAAAGUUAUUCCAAAGCGGAACAGCAUCUUCAGCAUAGAAAUCGAUGGCUUUGUCUCCUAUAUCUAUGGUAGCAGGAUCCAGUUUCGAGCAAGUGAGCGUUCUGCAAAAAAGUUCAAGGGACAAGGGACAAUGGAUCUGUGAUUUUUUUUCUGUAAAUUUGGAAACUAGCCUUUUGUUUCCAAGGGUCAGAGAGUCCACAGCGAUCUUUUCUUCUAAGAAAAUGAACACAAGAAGCAGCAGCCUGGUUUAGUACCCUUGGAUCUUCAGGACUAAUUUUGUACCUAAUCCAAGAUAGGUUCUUGUUUAUAUUGAUUUUGGCAGGAGACCUGUACAAGGGCUGGCCUUCUGAACAUUUUAAGAUUGAAUCAGUUCUAAUUCUGUAUUUGUGCCACGUUGGAUUUUAUAUUUUGUUAUUUAAAAGGUUCUUCUUUGUAAUAUAGAAUGAAAAUCUUUGAA